AUGUAUCCCGCUGUGUUCGUUUACAUAUUGUUUGUUCUACAUACUCAAAUAGCACGGAUGUCUCGCACCCAGAGGAUCCAUUCUAGAAGGCAUACCGCACCCUCUGAUCCCCAACGCUACCAUCAACGAUUGACCGGUACAUCUCAGCGAGACAGGGUCAGUGCCAGCGCUGCAGGCAGCGAACAAGAUCCCAUCAUGCCGGAGAUUCAAGUCUGUCCCUCCAGCCGGCCAACCCGGAUCAUUCUUCGCAUGGGACGGCCGCCCGCUCCCAGCGGAAUGCUAGGCAGCCCAGUAGCGCCUUCGACGCAGGUGGGCCCAAAAAUCAGAAAUUCGCAUCACAGCGCCGCGCCGAAGCCCCGCACUAGAGAAGACUGGCUCAAAUGUCUCCGGUCACGCAAGCCCAUCAGCACACCUCUUGUGUCCGGUAGGAACUCCGCGCGAAAGCCUCAACGCAGAAGUGGGUCGCAUUCAUAG